AUGGUGAAUGCUCAGAGCUAUGCAGUAAUUCAUAGUGACUUGAUAAGUAUAUUUGGGUGGAGCUAUCGCCAAGAGAACCGGUCACCUCAAGAUCUCAACAUCAAGAUCUCAGUUUCAACACAAUUGUUCCUAGUUCUCUUUUCACUGCUUUUGGUGCUGCCUGUUGUUGAAGCAGUAGAAGCCGGAGAUGCAAUCGCUCUCUUGCUCGGUGUGGUUCUCAGCAUUACAGGCAUUUGUGCUUGUUUGGGGGUGUAUGCACGAAAGAGAAAUGGACAGAUGUGA